AUGGAUUUACAGAAUGCUAGGGAGAGAUUCCUAACGAUAAUGAGUACCAAACUCUACACAGCAUUGGAACCUGCAGAAUUGAAUGAACUAUAUGAAGAGCUUAUGUUGUACAUGAAGCGUGGAGAUGUUUAUUUAUCAGAACCUCAAAAUUUAUCCCUUAUGGAGAUGCUGUUUUAUUUAAAUGUCUACAUGAGUAGUGAUGUUAAUGCUCAAGUGAUCUAUAACAGUUUAAGGGAUCGUUUAGGAGAACGUUCACCAAAAUUAUAUGUAAUGAAUGCUACAUUGAUGCAAAUUAAUGAAAAUGAUCUUGUAGCGUUGAAAUAUUUAGAAAAAUUGAUUAAUGAAGAAUAUGAAUUUGAUUCAGAUCCUGCUACUUAUGGAAUUAUUAUGAAAAAGAUUUUAUCUAUUAAAUUUGAAUUAUCAAAAGCAGGUAAAUUGAAUAAAGAGAAUGAUAUACUCAAAGAAUUAAUAGACUUGGUAGAAAAACUACCUCUAGAUCCUGAAUUAUGGUGGUAUUUGGGUGAAACUUAUUUUAAAGAUGGUCAACUUGAUGAAGCAAAAUAUUGUUUUGAAGAAGUAGUAUUAAUUAUGCCAUUCAAUUAUGUUGGAUUUGCUAAAGUUGCAGAAGUCACAUAUUAUAAAGCUCUACAAAAUAAAAAUAAUGAAGUUUUACUUGAUGAAUCCUUAAAGAAUGCAUUGAGGUCCGUAGAGUUAAGUGGAUUAUAUCUAAAAGGAUGGUCAUUCGUUGCUGUAACUGCAAAGGCCCUAGGUAAUAAACACGAAGUAUUAUCAUUAGCCACAAAGAAAAUACAAGAGAUUGAAACUGUUUCUAAUAGUCGUGAUAAAGUUGCUGCCGGGUUAAUUAUAAAGGACAUGGAAUUGGUUUAG